CAGUGUAGUUUUCCGCUUCCAUAAACAAGACGACUGCCAGAGUUAGCCGCCAGUCCUGUGUGCCUCUGGGCUGAGUCUCCCUCUGAGGGAGACAGACAUACUGACAGAGAAAGUGAGCAAGGGACGAAAGAGGGAGAAAGUGAGUGAACAGGAAAGAGGGCAGGCAGAAAGACAGGAAAACCCAUCAGAAAGUGAAGAAAGACGGGACAAGAACUGACAGAAGAAGAAGAGGAGAAGGGAGAGGAAGAGAAAUUAAAAGAAAGACUGAGUUCAGUCUCUCUUCUUCUCCUCCAACAGUACAGAUAAAGUCAUGGCUGAGAACAACACAAAUCUCUUUCUGGAAAUACUUCAGUCUUUCGAUGCUGUCCCUCUGAUCAUAGCUUUUUUUGUGUCCAUGGCGGUGGGUUUGGUCUUGGGGGCCCUGGUUUAUGUGAUCUUGACCUGGAUGUCCCGACGCAGAGCAGGCUCUGCCAGCAUCACCCGCCGCCCACCUCGUCAAUCACGCACCACCUCUCGCAACCGCCCGGGCUUCAACCGCAACAGCAGCUAUGACCGGCGCAGUAACAACAGUUUGGUCAGCGCUGCUUUCAGCUUCCACCGCCAGACAUCCUCCCCAGAUCACCUCGACCCACUGGGGCACAAAUCCAGCUUCAGGGCCUCCACCUUCCACCCUCUUCUCCAGUGCAGCCAAAUCGCGAGGGAGGCAGAGGAGGGAAGCCAGACCACGCUGCCUCGUACACCCACUCUGACGACAACAACUGGAUCAGCUCAAACUGCAGCCCAGCCAGAUGCUACCCCACCCAGACCCGAGUCAUUUUGGGGGAACAACGGCCUGAGGGGUUACCAUGCCACACAGACCCCACCUCCAGCUUAUGAGAGUAUUAUUAGAGCUUAUCAGGAAACAUGCACCUGAGAGGAGCGAGAGCACCAAGCUGACACUAACUGAAUGAGCCCAGAGUUGUAAAUGGAUUUACAAUUGAUAUUGGACUAAUGCUGUAUUGAUUUAUAUGAACAGGUGGAGCUUGGUGGAGUGAACAAGGAAGUCAAGGUCAAUUGUGAGUCCUGCUCAGCACAAUAGCACUCUGAAACUACAAUAAAUUUUGUUUGUCUUUUGGUUAGUUCAUAUUUAUCUGGUGUUGACAAAAGCAUACUUGCCUUUCAUCAUUCAAUACUGAUGUAAAAUAUUUUAAAACUGUCAUUUGACACUUUCAGCACUGUGGCAAUGGCUGCUUACUGUAGGAACCAAACUCAUCGCUCUCAAAAAUUAGCAGUCUGUAUUUAAUGUUGAUUGACGUAAGCUUGCACAGAAUCUUUGUUUAGUUUAGCAAAAAUCUGAAAAUACAUAAUGUUGGCUGGGCAUUCAUGAUGCGAGACUUCUGCUUUGUCCCUGCUGAUUGUCUAAUAACUAUGCAAAAGAGACAAGAAUUUGUGUAUGUGCACCCCAAAAGGAAGACGAGUGCUUGUGUGUUAACCUUUAAUAAAUAAUUUGUAGAUGCGUCUUUGAAGUAUCUAUGCAAAACCUAGUGGAGACAGCUUUAAACUAAUUUGAUGUUUUAAUUGCUGCCUCAAACGUUUUUUUUUUUUACAGAGCUGUAUGGGGGUUUGUGUGGCAUUCAAAGUAAUUUAGUGUGUGUGUGUGUGUGUGUGUUGCCGUGUACAGUAUGUGUGAGCAUAAGGGGGAGUGACAGAAAGAGGGCAUUAGGUGCAAGAAGUUUUUGUAUGUUAUGUAUGUUUAAAUGUGAUUUACUGAACUCCGCUCAUAAGUUAAUGCAAUAAAAGCAGGAAUCAAACACACAACAACUGAGUUUUCCAUACAAAGCUUGGAGGGUGUUCUCUAGCACAAACAAAGCAGUGCCCUUAUCUUUUAUAUUGCAACAAAUGGGCAUAAUAACAUCAACACCUGAAAAGAACACCGCAAACCAAUACAGCAGUCGUCCAAAGAAAUACUACCUCAGAGAAGUUUCUUAAGAUCCAUUUUUGUUCACUGUGUUAGACGAAUGUUGAUCGAAUUUUGAUACUG